AGUGAAUGGUGGGUGAAUGUGAGUUCAUGGGUAAUUUCCCAGGAUUCGUGAAAUAAAUUUAUGAGCGUUUUGUCGUCUGGUUUGAUAUUUAAAUUUGCCGUAAAUUGCAUGAAAAGUUUUCACGGUAGCUUUCUUGAAUUGCGUUUAUUUGAAUAGUAAAUGAAAUUUAUUUUAUAAACGCACGUAUAUUAUGUUUAAAGGGACUUCAAACACAAGUUUUAAAAAUGCAGACACAAAUCCGAAUACAUUUCAAAACAAAGGCGCAGACUUAAUAUUUUUAAAUAUACGCCUGGUUGUAUGGUUACAUGGAAUGUUAUUUUCUUUUUGGGGGGUGAUGCCUCUUUUCUAGUUCUUAAUAUGCGUAAUUGCAACUACGAAACAGCGGUGGCGGUGAUUGUUGUGGGAGCUCGUGUGCGAGAUGUAAAUGUGCAAAUAACGGAUAAUGUGUGAAGUAUACAUUGGGACGUGCGCGUUGAGUGAUGGCGGAUGAGAGCGAGGCGGAUGGAGCCGAUAGGAAAGAGCAGAUUUUCUUCCUCAAUUCCUAUGGGGCUCUGCAAACAGAGACGGGCGACGGGCUGGUGGGGGACUGCUUCGCGGUGCUGACGAGCGACCUGCAGCUGGGCGACGCCGGGGACUCUCCGGAGCAGCACCCCGCCGUCCUGAGCGUGGAGACCGCUGCCGGGACCACCCUGCGCUCCGUCACCCUGCCCGACGGCUCCCAGGCCUUCCUGUCCGAGGGCCCCGCCCCCAAGCCAGGUGCGGAGGAGGAGAUGGUGGCACAGACCUUGCAGCUGGAGCACGGCAGUGCCGUGCUGGUGCAGCACCUGCCCAAGAUCCUCCAGGGACACGAGAUCAAGCUGGAGGACGGUUCCUGCGCGUUCGUGCCCUCCGAGUCCGGCGAGCAAGUGGAGACGUUCCAGCCGGUGGAGCUGGAGGACGGCACGGUGGCCUACAUCACGCUGACGGCGGGCUCCGUCGUGGACCCGGGCGAGGUGGCCUCGCUGCUGGGGGAGGGGGAGCAGGCCCCGGCCUCGGACCCCGCCGACGAGGACGAAGACGACCGCGACGAGGAUGACGACGAGCUGUGCGUGAGGGACCGCAACAAGAACUACGUGUGCCCGUACCGCGGCUGCCGCAAGAGCUACUACACGCUGCACCACCUCAAGUUUGGCUGUGACGGUGGAGCGCUGGAGACACGGGUCCUCGCGUGCGUGCGCCAGGUCCACGAGAGGACGCACACCGGCGACCGGCCGUUCCGCUGCACGCAGAGCGGCUGCGACAAGGCCUUCGCGACGGGGUACGGGCGCAAGGCGCACGUGCGCACCCACACCGGGGAGAAGCCCUACAAGUGUCCCGAGGACACGUGCGGGAAGCGCUUCAAGACGUCCGGGGACCUGCAGAAGCACGUCCGCACGCACACAGGAGAGCGGCCCUUCCGCUGCCCCGUGGCGGGCUGCGACCGCUCCUUCACCACGUCCAACAUCCGCAAGGUGCACGUGCGCACGCACACGGGCGAGCGGCCGUACGCGUGCCCGCAGGAGGGCUGCACGCGCGCCUUCGCCUCGGCCACCAACUACAAGAACCACCUGCGCAUCCACUCGGGGGAGAAGCCCUACGUGUGCACCAUGCAGGGCUGCGGCAAGCGCUUCACGGAGUACUCGAGCCUGUACAAGCACCACAUGGUGCACACGCAGCACAAGCCGUACUUCUGCGUGAAGUGCGCGCGCCACUACCGCCAGGCGUCCACCCUCACCAUGCACAAGCGCACGGUGCACGGCAUCGUGGAGGCAGACGACGGCUCGGAGAUCGUGUUCGGGGACACCGUCUUCACGCUUGCCAACAGCUUCGCCGGCUCCAAGAAGCUCAAGAAGCUGGGCGGCAACGUGCUGGGGUUCAGCAAGGACGGCAGCACCUUCCUCGCGCUGGACACCUCGGAGGACUCGAGCGACCCUCACAACUCCCACAGCCAGUUCCUGGUGGUGUCCGACCCCACACAGCUCGCCACUCUCGAGUGUGUACAGGUGGUAAGAAUCGGCAGCGUGCGGCGCAUGUUGUCGGCAGGAGCUGGGCGUGACGGGCCGCACGGGAGGUGCGGAGCCAGGCGAGUGACACGACGCGGGCGACGCACGGCUAUCUGCGCUCAUCUAGUCCCAGCCAGCGCGCUCGCUCAUGCCGCUGGUCGCACACUGUACAUAGCUCUCUGUUUGGAACCGACACCUUCAAUAAACUUACCUUCGCUGUGUAAAUGCGAUGUUUUUCUCUUCACCCAACACGUUGUUCUUAACAGACGUUGACAAAGAUUUAAUACC